UGUGCGGUGCGAGUGGUGUGUGUGUUUAGCGAGAGCGUGAGCCAACGAGUGAGAGCAGUGUGUGUGGAGUGAGCGAGUGCAGAGCGAGCAACUCACACGGAGCAUGCCUCUGCGUCCUGCAGCCGGCAAACAUGAGCCACCCAGCUCUCCACAGCAGGACCAGCACACACACUCACACCCCUACACACACACCAACGGCAGCCAGGGGGCCAGCUCUGACAGCGGCAGCUCACGGGAAGAGGACAGCGGCAUUCCCGUUUCUGUCAGUGUUUUCUCUUUCCGUCCCGCUCGGGAGCGGAGCCCCAGUGCAAGAGGAGGCAUGGCGCAGGACAAGGGCAACACGUUGGUGAUCCGCAUCGGAAUACCGGACCUGGCACAGACGAAAUGUAUGAAGUUCGACGUGGACGCUCCUAUCUGGUUAUCUAAGCAGCAUAUCCUGUGUACUCUGAACCAGAGCCUGAAGGACGUGCUGAACUACGGCCUCUUCCAGCCAGCUCACAAUGGAAAGGCUGGCAAGUUCCUGGAUGAGGAGAGGCAGCUGAAGGAAUACCCACUGCCUUCUGCUACCCCUGUACCAUACCUGGAGUUCCGCUAUAAGAGACGUCUCUACACACAGUCCCACCUGGAUGACAAGCAGCUCUCCAAACUACACACCAAGGCGAACCUGAAGAAGUUUAUGGAGUAUGUACAGCAGAGGAACAUCGAAAAGGUGUCCAAGUUCCUGGAGAAAGGUCUGGACCCCAACUUCCACGACCCUGAAUCGGGAGAAUGUCCUCUGACCAUGGCGUCUCAGCUGGAGGGCUGUGCAGACCUCAUCAAGGUGCUGAAGAGUGGAGGAGCUCACCUGGACUUCAGGACCCGAGACGGCAUCACUGCACUGCACAAGGCUGUCCGCACCAAGAACCAUACGGCCCUCAUAACGUUGCUGGACCUGGGUGCGUCUCCUGACUAUAAGGACAGUCGGGGGUUAAGUCCGCUCUAUCACAGCUCUAUGGUAGGAGGAGACCCCUACUGCUGUGAACUUCUGCUCCACGACCACGCUCAGGUGGGCUGUGUGGACGAGAAUGGUUGGCAGGAGAUACACCAGGCAUGCCGUCAUGGUCAUGUUCAGCACUUGGAGCACCUGCUGUUUUACGGAGCCGACAUGACUGCUCAGAACGCCUCUGGAAACACCGCCCUUCACGUCUGUGCCCUCUACAACCAGGAUAGUUGUACCAGAGUUCUACUGUUUCGGGGAGUGAAUAAAGAGAUCAAGAACUACAACAGCCAGACAGCCUUUCAGGUGGCCAUUAUAGCAGGAAACUUUGAUCUGGCUGAAAUCAUCAAGAUCCACAAAGUGUCAGACGUUGUGCCUUUCAGGGAGACCCCAUCCUACACCAACCGUAGACGUGUGUUGGUGGGAGGACUGCCCUCGCCCCGCUCCCUGCUGCGCUCCGCUAGCGACAACAACCUCAACGGGGACAGCAGUCAAGGUCUGGGUCAAGGUCUGGGGCAGGGUCACGGUCGACAGGGUCAGUCUCCUGUCCCCUCUCUGAGAAGCCUUCCUGCACUGGGACAACACCAACAACAUGCCAGCCUGGGGGAGACUCGUCAUGGAGAGAUGCCAGACAGCAGUCUCCAGAGCACAGGCAGCUCUCGCUCCUCCCACUCCCGCUCUCCCUCGCUACACAGUCAUCUGCAUGAGGGCGAUCAGGGCAUCAGGAAGACACACGGACACCCUCUAGGACACGUCCCUCGAGGACGGCUCAGCCCGGGUACGGUGCAACGGGACCCCAGUCCCCCCACCCACACCCCUCCUGCCAUUGCCGGUGCCAGCGGGCCCAAGCGGAAACUCUACAGCGCCGUACCGGGACGUACCUUCAUCGUGGUCAAACCGUACACGCCACAGGGCGAGGGAGAGAUCCAGCUGAACCGUGGAGAGAGAGUGAAAGUGUUGAGUAUAGGAGAAGGAGGUUUCUGGGAGGGCACGGUCAAGGGGAGAACAGGCUGGUUCCCUGCCGACUGUGUGGAAGAGGUUCAGAUGAGACAGUAUGACCCUCGGCUAGAGACAAGAGAGGACCGCACCAAGAGACUGUUCAGACACUACACUGUGGGAUCUUACGACAAUGUCACCUCAUACAGGAGUAUUUCUCACGGGUCUCCAGGCCCUGUCAGCAGGAGCUCUAUCUGCCCUGGUGAUUACAUCAUAGAGGAGAAGAAUGCUAUGCUGCAGAAGAAAGAAAACGAAGGCUUCGGCUUCGUCCUGCGGGGAGCCAAAGCUGAGACGCCUAUUGAGGAGUUCACCCCAACACCUGCAUUCCCUGCCCUCCAGUACCUGGAGUCUGUCGACGUGGAGGGAGUGGCCUGGAGGGCUGGGCUUAGGACAGGAGACUUCCUCAUAGAGGUGCACGGAGUGAACGUGGUGAAGGUGGGCCAUAAGCAGGUGGUGUCUCUGAUCAGACAGGGAGGCAACAGUCUGCUGAUGAAGGUGGUCUCUGUCACACGCAAACCUGAGUCUGAGGAGGUGGUUCGCAAGAAAGCUCCCCCGCCACCCAAGAGAGCCCCCAGUACCACUUUGACACUGCGCUCCAAGUCUAUGACCGCCGAACUGGAGGAACUGGCUUCCGUCCGGAGGAGGAGAGGAGAAAGGCUAGAUGAGAUGCUAGCACCUCAGGAGCCUGUGACGUUACGUUCCCAGCCCACAGAGGCCGACUACAGAGCUGCUACUGUCAAACAGAGACCUACCGGCAGGAGAAUCACACAAUCAGAGAUCAGUUCGUUGUUUGAGAGGCAGGGCAUGGCAUUACAUGGUGGGCUCCACCCAAGGAUGGAGAGGGCUCAUAUGCAGCUGCCUAGAGGGAUGUCCAGGACCAAGUCAUUCGGUGCGACUGAGGAGGACCGUCUGUCAGUUUUGGCUGGAGAACACCGUUUCCCCCGGAGCUCCUCAAUGACGGACAGCCUCAGAGACCACUCCCACUCCCACUCCCAUUCUAUCCCGCCCCCUCCCCAGACCGCACCUCCUCCUCCCCCUUCCCUCUACUACCUGGACACGGGCCCUCCUCCUGCUUUCUGCCCCCCUCCUCCCCCUGCCAGGGGUCAUAGUCAGGGUCAUGACCCUGGAGGUCGUUCCAGCUUCAAGCCCUCCUCCCUGGACCUGGACCGGCCCUACGAUCCAUCACCCCGCCAGUCCUCCCACGCCGAACGCCAGAAGAAGGCAAGGUCAAUGAUUAUUCUACAAGAUUCCUCCCACUUACCCGUGGAGCCCACCGACAUUCCCCGCCCCUCCGCAUCCGCUACACCACCAGAGCGAAUCAAACGGAAAGGCCGGGUGAUUGACAACCCGUACGGCAAUGUUGGCCAGUUUAGUAUUGGAUUGUACACACCCACCAAGCCCCAGCGCAAGAAGAGCCCUCUGGUGAAACAGCUACAGGUGGAGGACGCACAAGAGAGAGCCAGCAUCGCCUUGGCCGCUGCCCACUCCCGAGAGACCUCCCCCUCUGGCCGACACACACACAGCCACACACACACCAGCCGGGCCGACUACUACCAGCAGCAGCUGAAGGUGGAGCGUGAGCGUAUGCGUCUCCAGGGAGAGGCCCUGCUACAGGGGAAAGGGCCGUUCGCUGUCGCUAUCGCUGGCGCCGUGAAGGACCGAGAGCGCCGACUAGAGGAGCGGAGGAAAUCCACAGUCUUCCAGUCGGUGGGGACCAUAGAGGGGGGGUCGGGGUCUGCCCCUGAGCCCCCCUCCUACACCACAUCUCGAUCCAUCGAUGAGCGCCUGCUCAGCAGAGAACUAGGCCAGCUGCCACCCCCCGCCCUGGCCCUGCGCCCCUCACCUGGCGGCACUACCUUCAUCCACCCACUCACAGGGAAGCCCCUGGACCCUAACUCACCCCUUGCUCUUGCGCUGGCCGCAAGGGAGCGGGCACUUACCUCCCAGAGCCAGUCCCCCGCCAGUAGCCCUGAGCCCAGGACUAAACAGGACAGGGCUGGUGUUGGAGGUCAGGGGGCUUCGCUUUUCAUCGAAAGCCAGACCAAAGAGCCUCAGCAUGGGGGCGGGAGGCCGGGGUCGCCCCAGGCUGGUAAAUCCCAGUGGGGAGUGUCAUCACCCGCCUUGCUUCGCCAGGAGAUGGAGGGAAGAGGGGAAGAGAGGAAGGAGGAGAGGAGAACGGAAGAUAAGAAGAGUAUGUUGAUCAGUAUCAUGGACACAUCACAACAGAAGACAGCUGGACUAAUCAUGGUCCAUGCCACCAGUAACGGCCAGGCGGUGGGGCUGGGACCAGGGCUGGAGCAAACCCCCACCUCCCUAGCCACCGAGCCCAGUAAACCCUCCCUCAGUCGGGCUCUGUCGCCCAGCCCCUCUGCCUCUCAGCCCCAGGCCCAGGGCCCUUCCAGCCCAGCCCAGGCUCCCCUGGCCCAGGGCAGUUCAGAGGAAGAUGUGGAGCCCUACACAGUGAGCCUACCUCCAGCCAUGCUGUCCUCCAGUGAUGAAGAGACCAGAGAGGAGCUGAAGAAGAUCGGGGUGCUCCCACCUCCGGAUGAGUUUUCCAACGGGUUGUUGGCCAAUUCACAAGCCCAAGCCCAAGGGACCCCUGUACCCCAGUCUAAAUCCAUCACUUCCCCUACAACCCCUACUCUCCUCACCCCUUCCACCACCACCCCAAACCCCAGCCUGACCCCCACCCAACCCCAGGUCCCUCCCCUCCAGCCUACCCACGGAGGAGCAGUCGUCUCAGGGAAACCUUCAUACCCGGACCAGCCCCAUCCUCCAGCCCUGCUGGCUGAGUCUGGUUCAGCAGCAGACUCUGGUGUGGAGGAGGCAGACACACGCAGCUCCAGUGAGAGAGAGCGAGACCACCACCUGGAGACCACUAGCACUGUGUCCACCGUCUCCAGCAUGUCCACUCUGUCCUCAGAGAGUGGCGAACCCGCUGACACACACACCUCCUAUGCCGACGGGCAGACCUUCGUGCUCGACAAGCCGCCAGUGCCUCCCAAGCCCCGGCUCAAAUCCCACUUUGGAGGCAGUAAAGGCCCGGUGACCUUCAGGGAUCCGCUGCUGAAGCAGAGCUCUGACAGCGAGCUGUUAUCCCAGCAGCAGGCGGCUGCUCUAGCCGCAGCAGCAGCCGGAGGGGCAGGGAUGGGGCAUGGAGGCCUGGGUUCUGGAGGCCUGGGGCAUGGAGGCCUGGGUUCUGGAGGCCUGGGGCAUGGAGGCCUGGGUUCUGGAGGCCUGGGUUCUGGAGGCCUAGGGUCAGGCUCUAUAUCUGGCCUGGUGGGAGGCCCCGGGAGGCCCCGCUACCUCUUCCAAAGGAGGUCCAAGCUGUGGGGGGACCAGAUGGAGGCGCGAGGACCCGGAGUGGGGUUAGGGAUGGGGAGUCUGGGGAGUCUAGGGGGGUUGGGGUUGGGGCUGGGGGGUGAGGAGGGGGGGAAACCAUCGGUGAUGGGGGAACUAAGUUCCAGAUUGCAGCAGCUGAAUAAGGAUACCCGGUCACUGGGGGAGGAGGAGCCACUGGGGUCAUCGCUGGACCCUGGGAGGAAGUCCCCUGUGACAGGCGCCAGACUUUUCAGCAGUCUAGGAGAGCUCCACACCAUUUCCCAGAGAAGCUACGGCACCACCUACACCAUCCGGCCUGGCAGCCGCUUUCCCGUUACACGCCGCACUCCAAGCCCUGGCUCGGGCUCCCCGGAUCGGGGUGACCCCCUCAGUCGACUCCCAGGCUUCGGCCUACCCACCUCACCCACCAUGCCGCACCACACCAUCCUCAAGUCGUCCAGCCUCAGCCUGCACCAUGAGCCCAAAGAGGUACGUUUCGUGAUGAGGAGCUCCAGCGCCCGGUCCCGCUCCCCCUCCCCGUCCCCUUGUCACUCCCCCGGGCUGGGCUCGCCCCUCCUGGCCCUCAGGCCCUUCCACCAGAAGCCCCUCCACCUGUGGAACAAGUACGAUGUUGGAGACUGGCUGGAGAGCAUCAACCUGGGGGAGCACAGGGCCGGCUUUCAGGAGCACGAGAUCGAGGGCUCGCACCUCCCAGCACUCACCAAGGACGACUUCGCUGAGCUGGGGGUGACGCGCGUGGGACACCGCAUGAACAUCGAACGAGCACUUAAACAACUGCUGGAGAGCUGACCCCUGCUAUGAGAGAGAGAGAGGGGGAUAGAGAGGGGGAGAAAGAAAGGGAGAUGGAGAGAGAUAGAUGGGGAGAGGGAGAUGUGGAGAGAGAGGGAGAGAGGUAGAGAGAGAGGGAGAUGGAGAGACAGAGGGAGAUGGGGAGAGAGAGAGAGAGCAAGAGAGAGAGAGAGAGAGCAAGAGAGAGAGGGAGAUGGAGAGUGAGAGAAAGAAAGAAAGGGAGAUGGAGAGACAGAGGGAGAUGGGGAGAGAGAGAGAGAGGGGGAGAUGGAGAGAGAGCAAGAGAGAGAGGGAGAUGGAGAGUGAGAGAAAGAAAGGGAGAUGGAGCGAGAGACAGAAACAGAGAGAAAACAAGAGAGCUUUUAAACUAGCUCCAUUUUUAGGUGGAGCUAGUUUUCAUAUUAGGUGCAGCUAGUUUUCAUUUUUUAGGUGAAUUUGUUUUCAUUUGGAUGUUUCUGAAAGUGUACGUUUUUGUAUUAAUACUCUGCUCUCAGCACUGCACUGAAUGAGUAGGUGUUCUAUAUAUUUUUUUUUCCCUAACCCUAUCACCCCUCCCCAAAUUGGAGUAAACUAAUGAAAUAUAUUUUCCUUCUUUAUUCAAUUCCCCUAAGCCUACCACCCCUGCCCUAAUUGGAGUAAACUAAUGGAUAACAAUACUUAGACUUCUACUUCAAAUCAAUUCUUUGCAUGAGCUCCUAUUAGAACAUUUAUUUGUAACAGCUUCUGUUGUUGCUCCUCUAGUCACACCUUUAACCUCUCCGACAGACCAUUCCUUCUUUGUACAUCUCCUUCUCUUCCUCCCUCCAUCCCUUCCCUCUAUCUCUUUGCCUGCUGUUUUUUUGGCCUCUGAAGGAUUCUCCAUUUGCAUGAAGAAGGAGGAGGAUGAAUCUCUAACCAUAAGGAAAGUUCAGAGAUCCGCUCAACGACAGCGAGUAUAGACACAGUACUGAUCUAGAACUAACAUUAUGUUGACAUACUGACAGUACUGACAUGGGCCUCUCUCCUCUCUGCCUGGCAUUGUAAUUAAACUAGAGACACUUGAGCCCAGACAUGGAGCUCCGCGUUGGAGACCACAUAGGGAAAACUCCUCCAUCCUGGGACCUUCUCGAGGACUGACAGCGCUAUCUAUUAUAUUUGGAGAAUGUUUAACCAACACUAGUGGCUUUUUUCAUAAUCAAAACAUUUUGCUUUGGGUUUCCAAAGGGAAUAUUAUAGAUAAAUAUGAUAUAAAUGUAUUUAAAUAGUUUUGAGGGGGGAAAAAACGACAGAAUGUUAAAAUGAAGAUAUGUAAUAAACUAAAGAGCAUCUGACUCCUACUUCUAGACAAAGGACAGAGAGAAAACUUUAACAUUUAUUGCACCAAUAAUUUACUUGUUUUUACCAAUUAUAUAAAUAUAUAUAUUUGAAAAAAAGUUAAUAGAUAUAUACAAAUGACAUUUUGUCAUAAAAUAUACAACUUUAGUAAAACUAUACAUGGUAUUCUAUAUACAACCCACUGUUGAUGAACUGUCCUUACAUGGUACCCUUUCCUGAACAGAAGCAUGAAAAGUUGCAUCACGUCUUGAAAAGAGGGUUGUGGUUUAAUUUCUGUUUGUUUUCUUACGGUCUUCCGUCAUACCGAAGGGCAGUGAGGGGUGUGACAUCCCAGUUUAACCCCAGUGACCCUGUGACCUCAACACAUACUCAGAUAUAGAGACAUAUAUAUAUAUAUAUAUAUGAACAGUCACAUAGUCAAACAAAUAACACCCUUAUAUUCAGGCACCCAGACACACACAAACACACACACCCAGACACACACACACACACACCCAGACACACACACGCACACAGUUCUCAUCCAAACUAAGACCAGUAGCAUCAUUACAUACAUCUGAGACCAUGGUUUGGGAGAACGGGAUGUCUUAAGAAAGGUGUUUAAAAAAACAAAAUCAACAAUUGUAAUGUGAGUUGCUUCUCUCAACAGUCAGAGACAGUGAGUGUCAUUCACACAACAGCACAGUGUUAGAUCCAUACUCUCUGGGAGAACAACAAUGGUGUGUUCAGGAGGAAGAAAUGUUCUCAAUACUGCAGAUAGAACUGUCAUGAUAGAACUGUCAUGAUAGAACUGUCAUGAUAGAACUGUCAUGUUAGAACUGUCAUGAUAGAACUGUCAUGCUAGAACUGUCAUGAUAGAACUGUCAUGAUAGAACUGUCAUGUUAGAACUGUCAUGAUAGAACUGUCAUGCUAGAACUGUCAUGAUAGAACUGUCAUGAUAGAACUGUCAUGAUAGAACUGUCAUGAUAGAACUGUCAUGAUAGAACUGUCAUGUUAGAACUGUCAUGAUAGAACUGUCAUGCUAGAACUGUCAUGUUAGAACUGACAUGAUAGAACUGUCAUGAUAGAACUGUCAUGAUAGAACUGUCAUGAUAGAACUGUCAUGAUAGAACUGUCAUGAUAGAACUGUCAUGAUAGAACUGUCAUGAUAGAACUGUCAUGUUAGAACUGUCAUGAUAGAACUGUCAUGCUAGAACUGUCAUGUUAGAACUGACAUGAUAGAACUGUCAUGAUAGAACUGUCAUGAGCGUCUUAUAAAGAGUUGACAUGAUUUCCUAUUAUACAAGUUUAUUAUUGCUAUUUGUAGGUAAAGAAUAUGUAGUAUAUUGGAGUUUCACAACAGUGAAGCAUGUCUGUUCUCUGUAAUACAUUUAUAUCUACAUUGUUGUAUAACGGAGUCCCCUGACUGUGACCCAGGUGGACACUACAACCACUAAAACCUUUACUAGUCAACAGCAGCACUGAAACUUUUAUGCUAAGUGAAUAUCCUUGUCACGGAGCCACACACCAGUCCAAACUAUCUCUGUGAAACUUUAUUUUGUCACAGUUUUGAGUAAGCGGAUGUUAAAUUCAAUGUUGUGUCAACGUUGUAGGGAUAACACUCACUGUCUCACAUCGGACCUCACAGACGAUCUCACUUAUGACUCUGGUGACAUAGGUGUUGUCCCAAAUGACAUCCUUAUCCCUACAGUGCCCUUCUUUUGAUCAGAGAUUUACAUUUUGGGGUACUAUAUAAGGAAAAGGAUAUAAUUUGGGACACGACCAGACCGUCUGACUCCUUGGCUUUUGUGUUGGGUUGAUUGUUGGUUUGUGUUUCUAUAAUGGAGGUGUGGAUUUUGUAGCUCUUGGAUUAUGAUGUUUAGAAGAUACAUUUUUCUAUUCACUCGCCUAACAUGAAUUUCAGAGUGAACAUUAAGAAAAGGAGAAACAAAAAAUAGUAGAUCCUCUCAAAAGGACUUUCACACUGUAAAUCUGAACAAAACACUAAUAUUAGCUUUUUUAUAUUAAUCACAAGCAAUGUAUAUAUAUGAUAGUUUUCAUAUACAUUUUUGAAAAUCAAAAAUGAUAUAGAUCUAUAUAUGAAUGUUUGGCAUAUAUGCAUAGUUAACCACCUAGGAAAAAAGGUGUGAUCUGAUUUUUAUUAUUUUCUAUGAACUAGGAGAUGAUUUGCACAAAACAAGGUGCUAGCAUUACAGCCACCUAUCAUUACAGUGCAUGUAUGCUGUGAAUGGAGGAACACCCUGACUCUCUGUACACAACCCCCUCUCUGCUGUGUGUGUGUGUGUGGUAGUGUGUGUAUGUAUGUGUGGUGGGUGUGUAUAUGUGUGGUAGGUGUGCGUGUAAGUUGUUCAAACCCUCAAAGGUGGUCCACUGUAGCCUUAAUUACAUCAGAGAUUCCUGGCAGUGGCUGUGUCACACACGUGGUGCACACACUGAAAUCCAGAUGUAUAAUCAUUACAGGACCCUUUGAUAUCUAUUAGAGAGAGAGAGAGAGAGAGAGCGAAAGAGAGAGAGAGCGAGAGAGAGAGAGAGAGAGAGAGAGAGAGAGAGAGAGAGAAAGAGAGAGAGAGAGAAAGAGAGAGAGAGAGAGAGAGAGAGAGAGAGAGAGAGAGAGAAUAUAAUGGGGAGAACUUCAAUUUUUAUUUAUUACAUUCCUGUGUAGCCCCUGUCUGUGUGUGUGGGGGAAUCGGCAGUGGGCAGCGUUUGGGCUGUGGCUUUAAUGGGAGACAGAGACACAGACAAUUACAGUAUUACCAUCUGCUCUACAACACCUCUCUAUGACUCUCUCCAUGACCAGAAGCACUGGCCCUCUGCUCCCCGUUUCAUCCAGUUAUAUACUCUGUCCUCUUUUCCCUUUUCAGACGUUCAGAGUUUUUAAGGGUAUGUUAUGAUGAGGUGAUUUUGAAGAGGACUGACAAAAAAAAGACAAAAAAGAAGGAAAAACGUGCCAAAAAAUAAACUUUUAAUGGUAUAUUUUUCUUCUUCCUUAGUACUACCUUAGUCUAGAUGUUGUUGAGCUGUUACUCACUAAUAUGGUGCCAUCUCCUGGGAAUCUUGAGAACUACAGACAUUCAUUUAGCUUCACUGUCUGGACACAACCUUUUUGAAGUGGAACUGCAGACGUUUUUAUGUUUUGUAAAGGAAUAUAUAUAUAUAACCUGAAAAAUGGAUUUUAUGAGCUUUGCAUUAUUAACAUUUAUAUUUAUAUUUUUGAGACAAGGUAUCAAAGUAUUGUUUGGUUUAACUGUGAUGAGUUAUACCGCUUGUCUAACAGAUGCUGAGAGAUGCUGACAUGGGUUUACACACAGCACAUACAUACACACAUACUAUACACACACGCAGGCAUGCACGUGUACUCAUAUACACAGUGCAGUUUGGACUCCAGUUGCUUUCCUUGUUAGGAAAGAACCUAGUGAUGGAGAACCUAGUUGAACCCCUCAGUGGGUUUACCACAGGUAGCUUAUACAGAUGCAAACCCAUGCUACAGGACACAGAGAGCUGAGGCAGACACAUCAUUCACACCAAUGACUUUCUCUGUACGGUCGACUUCAUCUUCUUUUCUAAUCAACAAAGCACAAUCUACACGGUGAGACGGAGUCGUGAUUCCUUUUUUUUUAAUCCAGGGGGAUCUGGUAGACCCGCCAUUGGAUCAAAUGAUAUUAUCAUCAUUCAAAGGGGUUUUUCUUUCAUUGUUGAUUUUCUCCUUGUUUGCACUGUGAAGUUUAACAGGGUGGAUCUAUUACAGGCCAUGUCUGGACCAUGCCUGGCCCAUCUAAACAUCCCCUCCUCUUGAUCCCCCAGGCAUCCCAGCUCUAUAUCUUCUUCAAGACACUGAACUCCACACAGAACUGUAGCCUGGGUUAAACUAAUGAUGAACACAAUGUCAACCUCAGUAGAUUCAUGUUAUUCAGUAGUUUAGCAUUGCUGAAUGAAUCCUGACAGCAUAUGUCACGUGGGGUAGGAGGUGAAAAUGUGGAAGGUCAGAUCGCUAGCUAACUAGAAUAAUAUAGUAGCGUUGACUUUGGUGCUAUAUAUAUGUACAGAUUUUCACUAGACAGUGUUACUGUGGCUAUUUUAAGAUACAGUUCUAUGUCAUCUCAGAUACAGCAAGGGCAUACUCAAGUGUCAUUUUCCUGUUGAAAUGAAAAUGGUCUGUAGAGAGGGAGACACAUAGGUUACCUGCUUCUAACAAGCAUCUGAGUGUCUACUCCCAAACACACCGUGGUGAAAGGGGUCGGGGGGGGGGGCAGCAGUGGGUAUAGACUUGGAAUAGAAGAGAGGACACCGUGAUGAAAGGGGUCGGGGGGGGGGCAGCAGUGGGUAUAGACUUGGAAUAGAAGAGAGGACACCGUGGUGAAAGGGGUCGGGGGGGCAGCAGUGGGUAUAGACUUGGAAUAGAAGAGAGGACACCGUGGUGAAAGGGGUCGGGGGGGGGGGCAGCAGUGGGUAUAGACUUGGAAUAGAAGAGAGGACACCGUGGUGAAAGGGGUCGGGGGGGGGGGGGCAGCAGUGGGUAUAGACUUGGAAUAGAAGAGAGGACACACUGGCCAUUGAGUAGAUUUCUGGAAAUAGAACAACAAUAAAAAUAAACACAUGUUACGGUUAGUCGCACCAUUGACAAGAACCCUAUUCACCCAGAGGCAUAGUUCUCUUAUCAUCCAUAAGGGAACAUAUAGGGAAGGGAGGCGGGGUAGUGAGGCUGAGGCAGGUCCAAAGACCUGAGUGCUGUGAUGGCUCCACCACAGAGAUCUAUGUUUGUUAUAUUAUGUAAUACAUUUAUAAUUAAAAACAUGACUUCUGUG